AUAACCUCAAAUUGGCUAGAAUUAAAAUCUUUCUUUCCAAUAUUGUCUUUAAAAAAAAUUUUAAGUGAUUUCUCUUCUUAAUUAAAAUAUCGAAUAUAUAUCAUAAUGUAUUUUUUAUUUGUUUUUAUUCUGACUCGAUUCAUGCAUCAACGUCAUGUAUGCUGUUCGUGUGUUGAAAAAGAUCCACAUGACACUACGCAAAAGGCGAAAGAGUCGCAGGAUACCAGCCACAAAAUCCUAGAAUUGCAGAAGAAAUUAGAUUCUAUUAAGAGAUUAUCUGGAAUAGAAUAUAGUCAAGAAGAGCAGUUACAAAGACUGGAGAUUUCACGCCAGCAGUUGAGACUAAAGCGUGAACUUUUAUUAAAAUAUCGUAAUAUGUGUACAUUUGAAAUACCAAAAAUAUAAAUGUGCACAUUUGUUGUUUGCAAAUAUAUAGAAAAGCAAUCUUAUAUCU